AUGGCAUACACAUUCCUAAUUAUGAGUGCAACACUUUUGCUGUCGCUUCUGGCACCGGCUUGGGCUGGCCUCAGUUACCUGGGCAGUGAUGAGCAUGCCGUGGCGCAUACCCAUCAGAAUGUGGUCAGGAACUACGAUGGCACCGUCUCGCACUAUGCGAAAUCUGUGUCCACGCCCUACUCCCAGGUCAAUAAGCUGGACACACGCAUCAGCAACAAUGUCUACCAGCCGGCUAUUGCCAAGACGGUGUCCUAUGCCGCUCCGGCGCCAGUGUCCACUGUCUACACACCACAUCAGCAGGUGUAUACACCACAUCAGCAGGUCUACACACCACACCAGCAGGUCUACACACCCCACCAGCAACACGCACUCUUCACCCAGGCAGCUCCAGUGGCUCAAGUUGCUCCAGUCUAUCAGCAGCAGCAGCAUCAUAUUCCAGCUGCCCAUGCCACAUAUGCCAGUCAUCAACCCACUGUGGUCCACUAUUCGCCUGCGGAGACCGUUUCCCACAUGAGUUUCGAUGGCUUCGGCACCCACUAUGGCUUCUAA